AUGGAGCCAGUCAACAGGACAGGGGUUGCUGAGUUCUUUCUGAAAGGAUUUUCUGGCUAUCCAUUCCUGGAGCACCUGCUCUUCCCUCUGUGCUCAGCAAUGUAUCUGGUGACCCUGCUGGGAAACACAGCCGUUGUGGUGGUGAGCAUGCUAGACAUCCACCUGCACACGCCCAUGUACUUCUUCCUGGGCAACCUCUCCAUCGUGGACAUCUGCUACACAUCCACCUUUGUGCCCCUGAUGCUGGUGCACCUCCUGUCAUCCCAAAAGACUAUCUCCUUUACUGGCUGUGCCAUCCAGAUGUGUCUGAGCCUGUCCACAGGCUCCACGGAGUGCCUGCUGCUCGCCAUCAUGGCCUAUGAUCGCUACCUGGCCAUCUGCCAGCCACUCAGGUACCCUAUGCUCAUGAGCCACCGGCUCUGCUUGUUGCUGGCAGGAGCCGCCUGGGUCCUCUGCCUCCUCAAGUCAGUGACGGAGACGGUCAUUGCCAUGAGGCUGCCCUUCUGUGGCCACCGUGUGGUCAACCACUUCACCUGUGAGAUCCUGGCAGUGCUGAAGCUGGCAUGUGGUGACACGUCAGUCAGCGAGGCUUUCCUGCUGAUGGGCGCCAUCCUGCUGCUGCCUGUGCCCCUGGCAUUCAUCUGCCUGUCCUACAUGCUUAUCCUGGCCACCAUCCUGAGGGUGCCCUCAGCCGCCGGGCGCCGCAAGGCCUUCUCCACCUGCUCAGCACACCUGGCUGUGGUGCUGCUUUUCUAUGGCACCGUCAUCUUCAUGUACAUGAAGCCCAAGAGCAAGGAGGCCCACAUCUCUGAUGAGGUCUUCACGGUCCUCUAUGCUGUGGUGACACCCAUGCUGAACCCUGUCAUCUACACCCUGAGGAACGAGGACAUGCAGGAGGCCUCCAGGAAGGUGUGGGGCAGGAGCCGGGCCUCCAGGUGA